CGAUCACGGAACCAUGGCCAUGCCGCUCAUGGAGCACUCGCUUCCACCGACGAGCACGAGUGUGGUCCCUACACAACAUGUUUCUUCCAGCUUCAUUGCCGACUGCUCGGCGAGGCUUCAUCUAGGCCAUGUCGCGACGACGACGGCCAUGGUCCUCGCCCAUCGUUACUACGGAACACACAAGACGCCGCAUUCGUUCCCACAACAUCAGGUCAUCGGCGCAGCGUGCAUCUUCCUCGCCACAAAGAUCACAGAAAAACCGCGGAAGCUGCGCGAUGUGAUGAACGUCGUGCACUGUGCAUCCCUUAAUGUCAACUCCCCCAUGCCGACAGGUCCCGAAUACACUGCAUUCAAGGAGCGGCUCUUGGACGCCGAGCAAAACGUUCUUCGGGCCAUUCGAUUUGACAUGGACGUGGCGCUGCCAUAUCAGCAUCUGCUCAACUACACCAAAAUUCUCGGGUAUGCGUGCAUGACAGCGGGUGCUGUCCACCACGGGUCCCUUCACGACUCGCAGGUCGUCGCGGCUCGCCGUUCAGAUCGCGCUCACUCUUGCAAGCGAUCUCUACUACAGUCCUCGUGCUCUCGAGUACACCCCGCAUGUCAUCGCUGCAGCGUGCAUAUACCUCGCCAUGGACCUCUUGCAGAUUUCCCAAGAGCCCAUGCGGUGGUGGCACCAUUUCGACACGAGCGACGACGAUAUCGCCGAUCUCCGAGCACAAUUCGUCGAGAUAUACGCAGCGAUCCUUCCUUCUUCAGGCGAUGCCGCGCCUCCGCCAAUUUCAUGACGUUCGUCACCAUUUGCCCAAGCCCCGCGCCAGCUCGAUCGACUCUCCAGGCAUAACGUCGAGCGUACAUUUGAGUCGGUGGCGUGCAUGUGCAUAUUUGUUUAUCUAACUCGCCAGAAACGGCGCGCGGCAAGUGGCGGCCUCCGGCGGCCGCAUGUCGUGGUGCGGUAUGGGCGUUUGCUGUGGAAACGCGUCGGCGGUGCGCAGCCGUUGGUUUGCUUCGAGGAGUUUGGCGACGGCCGUCUACACAAACACGUCCCGGCGCGCCGUGAGAAAUGGAUGGUCAGGACAAACUCAACGUCGCACCGUGUACUUGGGAUUUUUUUCAAUCGCAUACGUUUUGACGGGGGCCGAGGUUGCCUGCCACGACCGCAAGCGCUCGCCGUCCGCGCCGCGGCAGAUCACCAUGCCCCGACCCGCAUCGACUUGGAACCCCCUCGCCGUGUCGACGGUCUUCUUCGCCAUGGCCGCUGCCUUUUCACCGUCGUCCCGUGCGCCAUCCACUUCGUCUGCGGCCAACGGCCGCUCGAAGAGCGCGGUGAACGCCGGUGCGGUCUGCCCGACGGCUGCCGCCGCCACGCGAACCCUCGAACGCCGGACCUUUCCAAGGAGGAGCGACCCAAAUUUGAACAUGACGCCGACCGUGACGUGGAAGACCGGCGCCAAGACGCGGUGCAAGAGCAAAUACAGCAGCACCAGCACAAACAAGAAAAAGACGGGAAACGUGUUGACCCGCACAAUCUUGGAAUAUGCUUUGAGGACACCGCCAAGCAGUUGAGCCAGCGUGGGGUCGGCGACCGUCUCGAGCUGCGCCAGCAGCAUCUCGUGCAGCUGCUCUGUCGGGUCGAUCGCCGCCGCGUCGGCCGACGUCGUUGCGUUCGCGUCGUCUUGGCCGGUAAAUGACGAUUCCACGGUCGCGAGCGCCGACGUCGCUUGCUGUGCGAGCGCGGCGACGUGGAGCAGGUCCGACUCGAGCAGCGACGACACUCCGUACGACCAUGCCGAGAACCCGAGGUGCACGAGUAACAUCCACGGAAACAGCGUCAAGGCCAAAUUACCCAGCGCUUGAUCGUACGCCGUGCGGACGCGGUAGAGCUUCAUCAGCAUGAGCUUGUCGACCGCGUAGUUGAGGAAGCACGACACAGCGCCGAGCGGAAGCAGCGCCGGCAUCCCGCCCGCAUACAUGAACGUGACGAAGAUCGUGUUGAGGACGACGGGGUACCGCACGGAAAUGUCAAACGCCGGGUUCGCAAACAGCGCGUUCAUUUCGGAACUGGUCACGGUCGUAAACUGCUGGAUCCCGCGCUUGACGGGCAAAAUCACGUACGCGGCCAGGACAGGGCCGACGUGGGGAGUCGCAACGUUGACGAGCAUCGUCAGCGUAAUCCCAGCCCCCACGGACGUAUACCAUCCCCGCUCCAUGUCGGUGAGUUUACCUACGGAGACCAGGACGUCAUGAGGACACCCAUCGACGUGGAAGGCGAAAGCGAGCUCCGCCGAGACAUGCACGCUCGGCAUGCGAUGCUGCACCACGAUGCAAACGAUGUGGCCCGCCGAGAGAACAUCGACAAUAAUCUCAUGCUCCACCACGCAAGAAUCCGUCCACUAGCCAAAAAAACGACCCCGGCGGGAAGAUGCCGUACGCACCCGAGAGAAAAAAGUGAAGGAUCGGGACGUUGCCAAGCUGGGCAUUGACGAGCAGAACGAUGACCGCUGUGUUAAUCCACUGAGCAAAGAAGAGCUUGACAACGACCGCGGCCGCCGUGUUGGACUCGGACGAGUGGCGCUCGAACCCGCCAAACGCGUAAAACACCCCCCGCAGCGCCGUGUUGACGAGGAUCACGGUGACCGCGGCGGCGACGAGGAGUCCAUUCUUGGUCAAGAACGCCGUGAUGUACUCGCGGCACGGCACUUCGACCUGCCACAGCUUCUUUGGGCCGUGGUACAGCCCGUCCAACGCAAUGUACGCUUCGAGUUUCGGUUUGCAGUAGCACAGCACGAUGCUGCUCGAAUCGUACGACUCGCACGCGUUGUCGACCGCACGGUUGGUGGUUGCCGUGUAGUUGUAGUCGGUCGUGAAGCAAGGCAGAGUGCCGCACGUGGUCAAGCCGGGAGUGAAGCAUCCAGACGUGCAUCGCGUGAGGUUGGCCGACGGCCCCGCGACGUCGUUGAAGGUCGGGACGGUCGCGGGGAAUGGCGUCGCCGACUGGUUGUACGUAAUCUCGAACGACCCGGCGGCGGGGCACACGACGGACGCGUUCCAGUGCAAGGUCCAGUCGGCGGCGGCGGCGCCGUCGUAGCUUGGGCCUUGAUACACGUCGAGGAUUUUGGCGCAAAUGUUGGCUGGGCCGGGCUUGUUGAACGUUUGCUGGGCGCUAGGCCAUCGACAAACGCAACAUGAAUAAUCGAUCGACGUCAAGGCAGUCGCUAGGACGUACCCCUGGGCAAGCGAAAUGAUCGCGCAAGACACAAUCAGCAGCACAAACGUGACCACGUUUGUCAACGACCGCCUACGGUCGACGGGGUGGUCGCUCGAGUCGUCGGACCGCCACGUACCGCGCAAACCGCUCGACGGCGGACGUUUCCAAGUUUUCCCACACAAUGUUGGAUGGUUCGGGGGCGGCAGACACCUUGAGCGCGUGAAUGCCUCGGAAUCGAAGCGCCGUCGGCUGAAACCAGCGCUUCCACCACGAGUGGCUCGUCCGGUAGUCGGCCAUGCACUGUUGCUGGCUCUCGACGUGGUUGAAUACGACAAACGCGCACUCGCAUUCGUGUAAUCUACCACCGACACACCAUGUCUCGACGACGACGUGC